AUGCCCCUCCUCGCCGACGCGGCCAGCACCAGUGGUCGCCCGCAUUACCGACCACCGCCGCCCCGCUUGGAUUCGCUGCCAUAUAUCCACACACCCCAGGUCCCGUCUCAGUUUUCAUCUCAGCCCUUACCACCACCCUCGGCGCGGACAAGACCGAAUCACACGCCUGCUUCGUCGAUCGCCUCGUCAGUCUCGUCGAGUCGCUCCGGCUGUGCGCUUUCGACGCGUACGACCUCAACCGCUUGGAGUUCAGUGCUCGACGACGGCGACGACUACAGCUGCGAUUACACCAUCUACGACGACGCGCCUGACGAAGAGGAUGAGGAUGAACUCGAUGCGCUGUACACCGCCUACGAACAGCACUACGACGCGCACAGCGCCGGGGCACACGACUCGACGCUCGUCAGAUCUUCGCACGCAAUGUUGAGCAAGCCGUUGGGAUCGACGCGUCCGAGCGCGAGCGCGAGCGCGCCGGAGUCCGACGAGUGCGGCGGGCGCGGCGACGAUCAGCGAUCCAUUACCUCGACCUCAUCUAAUACAAACCUCUCGACACAGCGACGCGGUGAUGGUGACGUUACCAAACCUUCGCGCAAGGGAACGAAACUCAACCCCAAGACCAACAAACCGCUCAAGAUUGACACCGAGCAAGACCUCUUGCAGCAGCUCGCGCGUCUGAGCACCGCGAUCGAUCUCUGCUUCUGUGGUCGCGUCGCCGAGGAGGACUCGAUCUACUGCGGGCGAGAAUGCUCGCGCGCCGAUGCGAUGAACGCGCUCUGUGGUGGUCAAGAGGACGAGCCAAGGACACCGUUGAGUGCAGAGCAUGAAGCCGUCGCGACGCCCAUAAUGGGAUCGAGGCCGACCUCGUUCGGUUCGUCCGAUGGGGUCGUCAGCCAUUAUCGCCGACGGGUCGAGCGCAAGCGAGCCGAGGAGCGCAUCUCGCAGGAACUGUGGCAAUCGCGUAACAACAGCCGAACCAACCUUCACCCGAAUCCUUCCGUGUCGUCCCCUCGUCGACUCUCCGGAUCGAGUGUCGUCUCGUCCGUCUCGACCUCGAGCUCGACGGGCGUCAAACGAUCACCACGAGACCCUUCUCAACGCAAACCCGUUCCGACUCGCGACUCUACGGGGUCAACGCAAUCCAAAGCACCUUCGCUUUCUUCCUCCCUGGCUUCUCCCGCAUCCUCAUGUUGUUCUCCUCGCAACCACAGCUACGCAACGAUGGCCGAGCCCGCGUCGCCUCGGUCGUACCAACAACCCAAGAUCAUCUUUCCUUCUCCGACCCGAAUCUCGCCGACGCGCUCGGUCGUACGCGCCACAGGACUUGCCUCCAAUCGAGCUCUCUCUACCAAUAUCGACGAAGAUCUGUUCGCUUCCUCCCUCGAUGCGACUCCCACCUUGGCAACGAUCCAUGGUCGUCGCGCACCCCUCAGCGACGAAGAAUACGGCGUCCCUUCACUCAAUCGUUACUCGUCAGAUUCUUCAAUGGACGCCGCCUAUGGCUACGGAUCCGUCGGCCUGAUGAUGCUCCAAUCGGACGAAGACGAAGACGACGAUGACGAACACGACGUCGUAGCGGGUCUGUCGUCGGGCCAGAAGCUUAAAGCGAGGGUUCGGGCGCAGAUGGUACCGAGGCCAGGGCACACGCGCGGCAAACUCAGUUUCGACGAUGUACUGAAUUUGUUGGGGUCAUGA